AUGCCGUGCUUCGUGAAUUCGUUGAGUGGUCGUGCGUGUGGGCUUCUUGCGGGAGCGGCGACAGCAGUUUUAUUUGCAUUUGGCGGCUUUAGUUAUGGAGAGACGGGGUGGCUGCGUCGUGCACGACGGCAAGACACCGUUCCCCUGUUUGAUGCCAGCGCUAUCGAGCGGGUGGAGGAACACGCCCGAUACCCCUGCCAGGCCUUCCCCGGUUACUCCGUUGUGGUGUCGAACUACUACACCCGCGUGCAGACGGAUGACGUGCACACAAACGGCGGCGGCGGUGAAACGCUCCUCAAAAGGCUGCUUUCUUUGUUUUCAAAUGACACGCACACCGUCGCCGAUCGCGGGGAUCCCUCGGCCGAUGAGAAUUUGUUGCAUCUCGUGCGCGAGGUGGUGGGGGAUUCACGGGCGCCGCUGCCAGACACGGACACUUCCACCACCGCAGUAACUUCUCCGUUUGUUGCCUCCUCGACAUGGCCACUCGGUACGGCGAAGUACGCGGCUAUGACAAUGGAGCCGUCGUCUUCCUUUUCAGCUGCGGGUGAACCCGUUGACGUGAUGCGACGUUUGGCGGAUAGAACGACACACCAGUCGCUUAUUCGCUGCGACCCCUUUGCCUCGCCAUCUAUGAACUGUGCGGCCGAUGCGAGUUAUUUGGGGGCGCCGUAUCUUCGCAUGAUGUUGAGUGCUUUCCUUCUCCUGCCUUCGCCGUUGCCGCGAUUGCGUGUGGCGGUGCUUGGCGUUGGUGGUGGUUCCCUCCCAUCAUUUCUGCAGCAACACUUUUCACGGGACAUCAUGCGGCUGGAUCUGGUCGACGCAGAGCCGCAAUGCUUCCGGGCAGCGGUGGAAGACCUCGGCCUCCGCGAGACGAUGCGGGGGGGUGCGAUAUCGUGCCAUGUCUCGGACGCAGCCGCAUUCCUAAAGGAGGCCGUCACGGGGCUGAGUGAGGACACAGCUGCUGUUUUUCACUCCGGCGCUUCACCACCGUUCGUCAAGGAGGCCCCUUUAGUUGUCAAGGGUCGACAGCACGCACAGCGCUAUGAUGUUCUUUUUGUUGAUCUUUUUGUGGGCAGCGCGCCCCCCGCGUUUCUUGCUUCUUCGUCAUUCCUGCAGUUGUGUCAUGGUGUGUUAUCGUCGGUGGGUGUGGCGGCGUUUAACCUGCCAGCACCUGAUCCCGAGUUUAUGGUCAGAUGCCGUCGAGUGUUUGGCCGCGGUAAUGUUUUUCAGAUACCCGUGCCGGCUUCCGCCAAUGUUGUGGUAAUUGCAAGACGCGUCGUUGGGAGUGAAAUGGUCGACGGCGUGCCCAUUUCACGUCGCCAUUUCUAUAGACGGGCGGAGGCACUGCAAAAGUCGCAUGCGUUGCCGUAUGAUCUUGCGGGCCACUACCCUUUUUGGUGGCGCUUCUGGUGA